AAGAGGGUAUCCCCGGGAUUUUUACGCCGAAUUAUCGGAGUUAAUUGUCGUCCAAAAUCACAAGGAACACCCCAAGAAGAGCGGAUCAGUGUCAUAUCGACCCACCGCAGCCAUGUCUGAGGAGCUGGGGCGCCAGACACGCAGUCAGAAGCGUGCUCUGGAGCGAGACUCCACGCCCGGAGACAUGGACAGUAAGAGGGUGAAGCUGGAGGGCGGAGGUCAGGCAGGGUCAGAAGAACGGCCGGCCAGGCUGCGCCCGGAGCCCACGGGUCGGGCCAGCAGCAUCCUCAACGCCGGCGAGGUGAAGGCGACCAUCAAGCUAGAGGUCCAGGCUGGAGAGGAACCAGUGGAUAUGAGUACCACCAAGAGUGAACUAAAGAAAGAGAAGCGACCCCCGUCGCCUGAUGAUGUCAUCGUUUUGUCGGAUAAUGAGCCUUCCAGUCCGCAGAUGAAUGGUCUUAACCAUUUCAAAGAGCUGGACACAGAUCUUCUCAUGAAGAGCAGUCCCGAGGAGCGGGAGCGCAUCAUAAAACAGCUCAAAGAGGAGCUGCGACUGGAGGAGGCCAAACUGGUCUUACUGAAGAAACUCCGACAGAGUCAAAUCCACAAAGAGACCAGCAUUCAGAAGCCCCUUGGCACAUCAGGUUCUGUGGCAACUCCUCCUCCUCUGGUAAGAGGCACUGUCUCAUCCAGCAAAGGAGCUCAGCCAGUGCUGUCCGGACGCAGCUCGGGCACCGUCAUCCCGCCACCUUUGGUCAGGGGAGGACAGCAGGUGUCUAAACACAGCUCCCAGAACUCUCAGAUCAUCAUGCCACCCCUGGUGAGAGGAGCACAGCCCAUCUCCGUGACCCCUCAGCAGAUCCAGAGUCUAAGACACCAGCAGCAGCAGCAUUCAGGCUCUGGGCCUCCUCCACUGCUCUUGGCUCCCAGGGCCUCAGUGCCCACUGUACAGGGACACAAAAUCAUCCAGCCUGGCCUCAUCAGGGUAGCCCCCACCACCAACCUGCUGGUCAGCAUUCCUCAGACUACUUCCACCAACCUGAAGUCAUCCUCCGUCACGUCACAGACAGGACUGUCAGGCGGAGUUUCAAAUGCUAACGAGUCUCCGGCUAGUCGCCAGGCCGCCGCCAAGUUGGCCCUUCGUAAACAGCUGGAGAAAACCCUGCUGGAGAUCCCGCCCCCCAAACCCCCCGCCCCAGAACUCAACUUCUUGCCCUCUGCUGCCAACAACGAGUUCAUCUACCUGGUGGGACUGGAGGAGGUGGUACAGAACCUUCUUGACACUCUGGGAAAAGGAAAACAGGGUCUGUCAGUGCCCGUGGUAACUCCAGCCCCUAAAGAUCCCUUCACCUGUGCCCAGUGUAAGACUGACUUUACCUGCCGAUGGAGGAAAGACAAGAGUGGCACCAUCAUGUGCGAGCACUGCAUGUCGUCCAAUCAGAAGAAGGCCCUUAAGGCGGAGCACACCAAUAGGCUGAAGGCUGCGUUCGUCAAAGCCCUGCAGCAGGAGCAGGAGAUCGAGCAGCGCAUCCUCCAGCAGGCCGCUUCGCCCGUCUCCCACUCCUCCUCCUCGUCCUCCUCUUCCUCCUCCACCGUUCACGGGCUGAAGGCGGAGCAGCAGGUCAUCGUGUCGCAGCAGCUGAAACAGGUGUGCACGUCCAACCUGCAGCAGCAGUCGCAGCACAGAGGCGGACAGUCAAUCAGCCGCCAUCCUUCCGCCAUCAAACAGAGCCCUGGUCAGUUGUCCAGGAGUGUGCAGUCUGUGGGGGGCAUCCACGGCGUUUCUCACUCCUUCUCUCCGUCCUCUCAGCUCCAGAACGCCGUGGCUGCGGCCGCGCUGGUCAGCAGGCCAGGUAAGCAUGCGUCAGUGCAUCAGGGCUCAAAGCCGGGCAGCAGCAGGAACUCUAACGCCACAGCCACCUCUGCCUGGAGGAAGCAGAACAGCGUGACAUCAGGUGUGACCAUGGCGUAUGUGAACCCCAGCCUGUCUGUGCAUAGGACCUCGUCCUCGGCUGUGGAACGCCAACGAGAAUAUCUUCUCGACAUGAUCCCCUCCAGAUCCAUCUCCCAAACGGCAAACACAUGGAAAUAAAGCCCCCCCGCCCCCCCCCCCCCCCCCC